AUGAAGACGUGCUAUUAUGAACUUUUAGGAGUGGAAACGACGGCAUCUGAGUCCGAUCUUAGAAAGGCAUAUCGCCGAAAAGCACUACAGUAUCAUCCUGAUAAAAACCCUGGGAACAUAGAGGAGACCACCGCGGUAUUUGCCACCAUAAGAGCUGCCUACGAGGUUCUUGCAGAUCCGCAGGAACGUGCAUGGUACGAUUCUCAUAAAACUCAGAUUCUGAGUGAUGAUCUGGAUGGCUUCAAUGGUGGAUACAGCAGCGACAAUGAAUUCGAAGCGGAAACAUCUGUAACGGGAAUCACCACUGAUGAUCUGCUGAAAUUUUUCAAUUCGGGACUGUACUCGAGAAUGGACGACUCUCCAGCAGGCUUUUAUCAAAUCGCAGGCAAGGUCUUUGCAAAAUUAGCAAGCGAGGAAGUACGAUUUGCGAGGAUGCAAGGCUUGGAAAAGUUCGAUAAGUACGAAGAUGGCUUUUUCGAAGCAGAUAUACUCAACCAGGGGUAUCGGAAAGCGUACGACAAAUAUGCGUCUGCAGGAUCCACGCUUUUCCCCGCAUUUGGGGACUCCACGGCACCUUUCCAGAACCUGCGAUCAUUUUAUCGUGAUUGGUCGAGCUUCAGCACUGUGAAGACGUUCAGUUGGAAAGACGAAUAUAUGUACUCGCGCAAUUACGACCGACGGACCAAGAGAGAGAUCAAAAAACGGAACGAGAAGCUGCGACAACAGGCCAAGAGUGAGUACAACAAGACUGUCAAGCGAUAUGUGAGUUUCAUCAAAAAGUUCGACUCCAGGAUGAAAGAAGGAGCUGCCAAAUUCGAGCAGGACAAGCGCAAGAAAAUGCGUGAGGAUCUGCAGAGACAGAUUGAGAAAGAUAGACAGGCGCGGUUGCAAGACGCAGGCGACCCUUUCAAGCUCCAAAGCUGGCAGACGGUUGAAGAUUUCGACUGGAGUGAGAUCGAGAAAAACUACGAUCGGGAUCACAAGUUAAACAACGCUGAUGAAGAGUCCAGUGACGAGAUAGUGGUUUUCGAAUGUUUCGUUUGCCAUAAGACGUUCAAAUCAGAGGGUCAACUGGAGAACCACUACUCAACUAAGCUGCAUAAGAAGAAUUUGCAGCAAUUGCAGAGGGAGAUGCGCAAGGACAACAUGACGUUGGGGCUAGACGCUGUAUCUGAUGUUGACGAAUUCAAUUCGGCAGCGGAAGAUGUGAGCCAAGCGGAAGAUGAUGGUAAAAUGGAUCUCGACGCGAUUGAAGAUGAACUGAAACGAAUCGAGCAAGAAUUGGAAGAUAUGAGUGAUGAUGAAGACUUACCCGAAUCGGACGAGGGCUCAAGUUCGAGCUCAGUUGCGGGGGGAGACGCUGCUGAAGCUAAACUUGAGCUCGAUUCUGAUUCUAAAAUUGAGUUAGAUGCGCCGGAUGUAGCUUUCGACUCGGAGCAGCACUCAUUGGAAGACCAAAAGGAUAGCGAUGGUAUCGGUUUGGAAAGCGAAGACGACGAAUUGACAAAGCUACUAGCGUCUCUCAAACUGCAACAGUCUGGGUCUUGCGAAUUAAGCUCAAAAUCAGAAGAUGAAUGGGGGGACUCGUCCAAGAAAGCCAAGAGAAAACCAAAGAACACUAAAAAGAGUGCCAAAUCCACCUCUCCUUCACCAACGAGUACUAAGACCACACAGUCCUAUCAGUGUAACCAAUGUGCGACUUCCUACACGUCUCGAAACGCGCUUUUCGAUCAUAUCAAACGUGAGAAACAUUCCACCGCCGUUCCCAAGUCUAAGACCAAAAAAAAGUCCAAAAAGACCAAAAAGUAA